CGCCGGCACGUUCGCUCUCACCUGGCCAAUCUUGUGACGAGCGCGUUAGGAAGAGGUAAUGUUUUUUCUCAUUUCGUUUUGGCUUUUAACAUCGCGUUCUAACUUUGUAGUUAGCCAUACACAAAAAUAAAAACAACAUUAAGUUGCGAACACUUUCCAAGUAGAUGGACCUAAAAAUGUUGUGUUUAUGAUUCAUGUUUGUUGUUCACAAACGGAAAAUUUUCUUCAGUUAGAUUAUUAAACUUUUCUUGUGUAAAUCUGUCCAACUUUUCAAGUUCCUUUGUGGUAGGAUUUGAAUGUGUAUUUCUCACUGUUGCUCUCGAGCUAAUUCUAGUGCUUUAUGUGCGGUGUUUUUAUUACUUCCACAAGUUUCCAAUGGAUUGUUAAUGGGAGGAGAUCUAGCUAUACAACAGUCUAGUCAACUUUGUUCAAAGCAAGAGAAGAUAGACUCGCGAAUGUAUAACAAGUACAUUUAAGAGAAUACUUCACAUCUACAGUGAAUGAUAGGCACGUCACGUGACCCAUCUAUUCUUGAAGUCAAAUUGGACAUGUCUCUUGCUGUUGGGAUACAGAACAAGUUCUACAAGGUGACCAAUGGUGUUCUGUGUGGAUAACAGAAUUUUUCAGAAUGGAACUCUGAUCGCUACGAUGGCCCACACUUGUUCUACGGAAUGUUUUUAUUUCUCUGAGGCUUUCCACAGAAUGUUCUAGAGUUAAUAGAAUACGGACUGGUUUUAGUGUCGGAAUUUAAGUGAUUUAAAAAAGAAAAUUACCGUACAGAGAAUAUUCUUUAAGGGUUGGGAGUUAAAUUUGGAAUUCGAUAAAGUUUGUGUUCAAAUGAAAAGCAUGUGAGUUCUGGAUAAUUCUUAAUGGAAGAAUCUAAGAUAACUUAUUAAAAUUCAAAUAGGGCUAAAAAAAAAAAGUAAAAUUCUAAUUGGAGUUUGUUCCUACUUGUGUAAAAACUUUGGAAUUAUUAUUCUUUUUUUUUAUUGUGAUUAGAUUUCUUUGUGUGUGCUUAGGACAUUUAUUUAGUUUGUUCAUUGUCUUUAUGAGGAUAUUCCAAGUUUAGUUCUACCUCCAGUUAAUAUAAAAUUUUGGAACAUAGUUGAUGCAUUCACCAGCAGCUUUCAUGCUCUGUGCCCGUGGGUGGAGACUCACCUUAUGCUGAUAGCACAAAGGGGGUCACCGCCGCCCCGCGUCUCUCCUAUUGUUCUCGACGGCUGGUGGCCAGCAUGCAGAAGAACAUCCGCAUCAGCGAAGGCCAGCUCCUGUACCUGGCCAAUAAGGCCAGAGUGGAGAACACCAUGUGUGGCUAUCUGUACAAGAGGAGCACUGACCUAGGCAAGUGGCAGCAGAGGUACUUCGUUCUCUACCAGAACGUUCUCUUCUACUAUGAGAAUGAGAACUCCACCCGCCCCUCUGGGGUAGCACUCCUGGAAGGGAGCUACUGUGACAGGAUCAUAGCGCCAGCAGCCAUGAAGGGCAGAGAAACGGACAAACAAUAUGCUUUCACCAUUACCUACAAAAUAGAGGGCCAGCGACAGUAUGACCUGCGCAGUGAAUCAGAAGUUGAGUGUAACGCAUGGAUCGACGCUAUCAAGAGAGCAAGCUAUAGUAAAGUCUUGGAACAGAAAGAAGAACUCGAACAGAAGCACCUUCAUCUUCUUCAGAUUCUAGACAGCGAAAGACAAGCAAAGUGGCAUUAUGUGCAGCAGACAGAAGAGUUGGCAUGCGAAGUGAAAAAGUUGAAAGAAGAGCUCCAAAAGUUUAAAAAAGAGGUCUAUGGUAAUCACUGCAAAGUUGACGAAGAAACAGACGACUUGAAGAAAAUAAAAAAGGUUGCAGUCUCAGUGCAAAGUUUCUUUAGAGGCUGGUUGUGCCGUAGACGAUGGAAGCAGAUUGUUGAGCUGUACAUAAGAUCUCCACACGCAGAGAGCAUGCGCAAGCGAAACAGUAUUGUUUUUAGUAUGGUUGAGUGUGAGGAAGAGUACAACAGGCAGCUUUCUUGCUUAGUUACAUGCUUCUUGAGACCUCUCAGAAUGGCUGCUAGCUCCAAAAAGCCACCAAUUUCUCACGAAGAUGUUAAUUCCAUUUUUCUAAACAGCGAAACUCUUCUAUUUCUUCAUCAAAUAUUUCUGAAAGGUUUAACUGCUAGACUGGAAAAUUGGCCAACUUUAGUUUUAGGGGAUUUGUUUGACAUGCUGUUGCCUAUGUUGAGUAUUUACCAAGAGUACGUUAGGAAUCAUCACUACAGUCUACAGGUGCUGGCGGAGUACAAACAGAAGUUUGAGUUCAAUAACCUGCUCAAAAGGUAUGAGGAGAAGCCUGCCUGUGAGGGCCGCACACUGGAAACAUUUCUCACUUAUCCUAUGCAUCAGAUUCCACGAUACAUUAUAACAUUACACGAACUUCUGGCGCACACUCCACAUGAUCACGUUGAAAGAGAAAGCCUUGAAUUUGCUAAAAGUAAACUUGAAGAACUUUCACGGGUCAUGCAUGAUGAAGUCAGUGAAACUGAAAAUAUUCGCAAAAAUCUGGCUAUUGAACGGAUGAUAGUUGAAGGCUGUGACAUCCUUCUGGAUGUAAAUCAGACAUUUGUCAGACAAGGUCCGUUGCUUCAGAUCCUGAAUGAGAAAGGCAAGUCAAACCGAGGUCGCUUAGGAUCUUUCAGUUCCUCCUUCAAGGAAAGCAAAAAGGAAGUGGUCCGUCAAGUAUUUCUGUUCACAAAUCACAUCCUACUCACGACCAGGGCCUCCAACGGACGACUGCAUCUAGCUAAGCACAUUGGAAAAAUUGUAUUGUUGGACUGCACACUAAUAGAAGAUCCCAACUCGGAUAUAUUCUUUUUUGAUGAAGAAAUUCCAGCUUCUCUGGAUAACAUUGGCACCUACUCCUGGAUCUUGAAAAGCUCUCAGUUGCUGGACCUAGCAUCUUCAUUAGAUUCUAACCUAAGCCUUGGAAGUCAGACUUCUGCAGCUAAUCUUCUUCCUUUGCAAGGCCUGAGUGAGAAAGAGUCCAAGGCAGACUACAAUGGCCUUGAUUUUAGAUUGAUUGUUGAUUCCAAGAGUGGGCCCCCAGUGACCAUUACAUUAGUGGCCAGUACUCUCCAUGAAAAGGCAGCUUGGUGCAGUGACAUAAGUCAGUGCAUUGAAAAUUUGCACUACAGUGACUUGCUGAACAGCUCGAUGAGCGAAUCAUCUUCUGUGACGAUGCCCCAGUCUGUCAGAUAUAUUCACAGUACACAGAUAUGGUCUGAUCCAAAGCUAUUUCGUGAUGAUGUUGAUAUUAAAUUUAGCAGAACUUUGAACUCGUGCAAAGUUCCGCAGAUUCGUCAUGCAAGUGUGGAAAGACUACUUGAUCGUCUGACAGACUUGAGGUUCCUCAGCAUUGACUUCCUCAACACCUUCCUUCUGACAUACAGAGUGUUCACCACAGGUCACACUUUGCUGGAGGCCUUGAAAAAAGUGUACAAGAGUCAUGAAGGUGGUGCGAAUCACGAGAGUGGGGCCAACCUGACCAACAGUCUGACUUCUGUGGCUGCACACUGUCAGACUGAAGAGGAAACAGCUGAAGAUGUUGGAAGUCCACCUGAAUUCACAGGGGAGCCUCCUGAAGUAGAUGCUCGUUUUGUGAUCAAACCCCAGGCAGAGAAAAUGCGUCGCAUCAGCACUGGUUGCAUGAGGCAGGAUGAUGAUGAUGUUUCAGUUAGUAGCAGCACCAGCAGUCCAAGAGCAUCGUUCAGCACAGAGUCAUCCAGAAGUUCCUUUCAGCAGCAACACCCGCUGACUAAUUUAACACAAAAAUUUGAACGCGGUGAAUCUGUUGACAGUGAUGAUAGUAGAUCGGAGCUGACAUCUUUUCUACAGCCACCAAAGCCACGGGCUCUGUUAGCCCCCAUAGCCUCUUGUGAGACACUCAAUGACCAGGACAUUCCCGAUAUUCCUUCCAUAACUAGGCAGGAGUCAGGAUCUCCUACAGGGAUCAUUCUCUCAGACUUUGAUCUCGAUGAUGAGUCUAGUGCAGAUUAUGUAGAUACAGAUGAUGAUAAGCAGCUUCUGACCCCAUCAAUGGCAUCAACUUUUGCCGGCUCAUUAUCUUCAGAGUCACUGGUCUCACCUUCCAGCCCCAGGACGAUUACCUCCGCAGUCAGCUCUGAUACGCUCACACCAGGCACACCUAAAACCCCAGUGACUCCACGAGUUUCACCUUUUGGAAGCCCCAAACGUGUUCCAGUAUUAGGAUUAGGACUUAAGUCAGGCAAACUCAAUGGCAACUCUGCAAGUGGAAGCCCAAAGAGACCCUCAACACCAAGCCGUGUCAUGGAGACCUCAUACACUUUAGAUGCGUUAGCCCUAUCUCCUAGUAGCAGUCCUAUUCGGAUCAUUAAGCCUCGGCCAAUGUCAUCUCCAGUCAGAAUACCAUCUCCUUUGCUGCCAGGAACACAGAAGAGGGCCUCUUCACCUGGUCGCAUAACCUCUUCACCAGUACGCUCUCCUACCUCUAGCCCCAAAUUGCGUCGAGCUCCAUCUCCUAUUAGCUACAGCUAUUCUUCUCCUAAUAUAGUUGCUCCACAGAUCAAGAUCAGGCCAUUCUCAGGAAAGAGAGGGAGUGCUGAAGCUGAAAGCAUAAGCAUGCUGUCCACUCCUCGGAGUAGUUUUGCCCAAGUGGAUGGCUCGCCUCCUACAAGGGCCAAAGCUGGAACUGUGGUGACCUCUUCUAGAGCAUCUAAACGAAGAUCCAGCUCCUCAGCAGCAACAACAGCAUUUGCAGCUGCCACUGCAGGUUUAGCCAGCUGUGCAGAUCAGCAACAGAAAGGAAUAUCUAGAUACCUGAGUGUAGGAACUGGUACAUUAGAUGCAAGACCUGUUAUGAAAAAACGAGAAUCUGUUAUCAGCACAGCUGCCACCAUGCGCGUUCUUAAUGUCCUUAAACACUGGGUGUCCAAACAUCAGCAGGAUUUUGAGUCUGAUCCAGACCUUAAGCAACAGGUCAUUGACCUUUUGGAUGAGAUGGUUGUCAACAGCAACCUCCUUCCUGCUGAGCACAAGGCUGCUGCUUCCAUCCUGCGGACAAUUAGUAAAGAGCCAUCUCCUGAUAAAAAAGUUGACCUGACACAAUUACUUCUGCCUCCUGCAUCACCAUCGAAAGAUAAUCUGGAUACCCUCUCUGCACUGGACAUUGCAGAGCAACUGACCUACCUUGACCAUCAGAUAUUCAUCGCUAUUAGAAGCGAAGAACUAUUAAGUCAAGCCUGGAUGAAGCCAGACAAAUGCCACAAGGCUCAACAUGUUCUACUUGUCAGUAAACGAUUUAAUGAAGUCAGUCGACUUGUAGUGUCUGAAAUAGUUAGUCGUUCCAACAUGCAAGAUAGAGUGGCAUGUAUAGAAAAGUGGGCGGCCAUUGCAGAUAUCUGCAGGUGUAUGCACAACUAUAAUGGUGUGCUGCAGAUUUGUGCAGCUCUUGUGAACAGCUCAGUAUACAGGCUCAAGAAGACUUGGGAGAAGUUAUCCAAACAAACUAAACAAAUGAUCGACAGACUUCAGACUUUAGUCUCAUCAGAAGGACGAUUUAAAAAUAUGAGAGAUGCUUUGCACAGAUGUGACCCUCCAUGUAUACCUUACCUGGGGAUGUACCUGACAGAUCUUUCAUUCAUCGAAGAAGGGACACCAAACACAACAGAAGAUGGUUUGGUCAACUUUUCCAAAAUGAGAAUGAUUGCUCAUGUGAUACGAGAGAUCAGAUUGUUUCAACAGACUUCCUACAAAAUUGAGCAUCAUUCAAGGGUUACCAGUUACUUGCUUGACCCUAGCCGUUUGCUAGAUGAUGACCAAACGUAUAAAGCUUCACUGGAGAUAGAGCCUAAACAAUCUAGGCUGUCAGUGAUAUCUACACCCUCCUGAGAAUAGUUCAACCACCAACCAUCAGAUAGUCAAAGUUCAUUAGGGUCAUCCAGAUGGACUUGUAGUAGAACUGGGCAUUAUUAUUAGCCACUGGUCAGUGGUGGCCAGAUUUAUUGUGAUAUAAAAACAACAUUAACCAGCUUAUGUUGAUUAGUUCACGGGUGAUACAAAGACAACUUUGAAUGCAGCGCUGGUCGCGGUAGUGUAGUGGACACAGGAUGGAAAUGGUAACAUGUAGAACAACCAUUAUAAAAGAUCUCUUUUUUUUUGUAUUGUCAGAAGUUUGUAUUUAUGGUUGUGUAUGUAAACCUUUUUUUUGUGUUUUGACUAUAAGUCAUUCAAUGAUUUGUUACAUUGUAUCCAUUGUUGAACCACAUUGUUGUCACUUGACCAAGACUAUGACAUUGUUAAGGUUGUCUACAAGAGAUGACAUUUCAUGACAUGUACAGAUGACAUUAUUGACACCUCCGAAAUUCCAUGUACAUUUUAUGUCAAAUGAACAUAUUGUUGUUUUAGUUGGUUGUCAGUGUGUGGUAGUUGUGUCUGAAAUCUCCUUGAUGAGUUGCUUGUGUGGCUGUCCCAUCGCCCUCAGAUCAUGCUGGGCUUAAAACAAUACAAGAGAGAAACUUGGCAUCGAAUGCUAGCAACUAAGUUGAAUCAUAGCCUAAAGGUCCUGUCCUUAUUUGUCAAGCUAGUGGUGUUAAGGUAGGGUUUCACCAGUUGACCAGCAAGUAGUCUUAGGAAAUAAAAACCAAUUAUUAGUGUAUUCCAAUUAUUUGUAAGUUGAUUAUGAUCCGUGUUGAUAUUUGUCUGUGCUUGUGAAGGAAUGAGUUUGUAAAGCACUCAGAAUUGAUGAACACUGGAUGAAAAUGUAACAUUUUGAACACCAAUGUGUCCAUUUGUAUAUUUUUAAACCCAACGUUUCAUUUUGGGUAAUAGGAAAUAGGAAUACAAAAUAUGUUGUAUUAAAUAUUAUUUAUUUCUAUUUAAAAUAAUUACAUAUACGUCAUUUCAUCUUUAUUCCUAGUUUUUACUUUCUUAAAGAAUCACAGUGUGAUCAUUUACACCUAAAAAUGUCAGGCUGAAUUGAUCAAAGAUUGUGUUAAUUUGUAAAAAGAACUGAUCUCAUUUCAAUGCUAAUAUAUCAAGAAGAAGUUUGUGUUGUGUGUGUGUGUGUGUGUGUAUCUAUUGCAAGUGUAAUACCAAAAGACCCAACUUUCAGUUUUUUUUUCAGUUGAUGUUAUUUGGAACAAUGUCCAUUCAUCUAUUUAUUUGAAACCAUGGGGGACCAACAGAGCUUGGCAUGCUAUGACCCACCAUUCCAUUGCCAAUUUGGGCUCAAUUUUCUUGUGUCAUUUUGUAUUUCAUUUCUGAAGAUUUUAUGAUUGUAAAACUUGUGUUUUGGCUUGUUUGUUCUUCAAAGGUUAAAAUGUCAACCAAUACAUAAGGGGUCAAAAGAAAUGCAGAAACUGCUAGGGCUAUACAGACCUUUUCAUUGACAUGCAACUCUUUGUGACAGUUCAUUGGUUCAAUCAAAGACUCAAAAGUGAACUAACAUGGCUGUUGACAAGUUUAUAAUACAUCUUUAGAGAUGGUUGUCAAUUAGCUGAGUUGUGAAUUGGGUGCUGCUAAAAUUUUAAAAUUCAGAGGUUUCUAAUAAUAUUCAAGAAUACCUAGAAAAGAGUUGUAAUUUUUGAAAGAAAUUUACCUUGCAUUAUUCAACACCCUUCUCUAUUUAGCAAGCGUUUGAAACUAAACUUUGCAAAAACAGUUAUGACCUAUUUAUUCAUUUGCAUGUAAACUUUGUUAGCAUUACUUUGUUUUAAAACUUGAACAUUUUGAUCACAUGUAAAUCUUGACACCAAAAACAGUGUCAUUUUUUGAUUGGCCCAAUAGUCGUUUUGAAUUUAUAGCUAGAAAUAAAUUCAAGAAUAUUGUCUACUGUUGUCUUUUAAUUUUAGAAUGAAGAUUAAUGUCUCAGUCUAUAGUUGGCUAUUUUCUACUCCCAGUUUAGGAAAGUGGCUGUGACCUUCUACCCACCUAUGACUCCUAACCUAUAUUAUCAAAUUGGAUUCUUAUUUUCACAGCUCACAUUAUAAGAUUAUAUUUGUUUCAAUAAUUAUAUCAUGUUUUUAGUAUUAUUUUCAUUAUAAGUGACUCAUUUAUUCAUUGUUUUUGUUAUUUCACCUAAUCAUUACCCUAAAAUAUUGUUUUGGCCACAAAUUAUUGACAACAUUUGAGAUCCAAUACUCUCAGUUUAAACAACUUGACUUGAUAGACACAAUUGUUCUCUCUAGGCUGCUAGAUUUGGUAUGGAUUUAAACUGUUUUCAUUCAGAGACAUUCAAUCUAAGUAUCCAUGAGAUACUGGUGGUUGAGAAUGUUAUCAAGAUUGUAGGGAUAAUCAUGAGUAGGUCCUAUAUAAUAUUAUACAGAGCUAGUGAAGAUGGUUACUUUCUGUGGUAGAAACUUGCAGUAUGACAAGGUACUAAGUGGGUAGCAUCCAGAAUGUGAGGGAAAAUGAAACUAAGUUAUUAAACCAUGGAUAGGGUAGCAAGGAUUGAUCAGAGUGUUUCUUUCUACCAUGUCAUCAAUCCCUUCAUUUCACACUCUACUAGAGAAUGGAAUACAAGAAGUCUUUCUGUUGUACUUCCAAAAACUGAUUGUUUAAUGAGCCAAUAGUUAUCCAUAAAUUAUGUUUUCCUUCAAGCUAAAGUCAAGUCUUUGGUUUGUUAUAAGCACUUGCCAUGGUUUACACCUUUUUUUUUCUAUGAAUUAAUUCAAUUGUAUUUUUUUUUCAUAUAUUGUAACAUUUGUUUGAUUGAAGAGAUCUAUGAAAUCUGACUACAUACUUAGUACAAUUUGUUUUGUACAAUUGUUGUUUGGACUAGGAAUACCAGCAUGUUUGUUAUUGAAGACCAAAUCUUCAAAGUGAUGACAUGUUUGUUAUUGAAGACCAAAUCUUCAAAGUGAUGACAUGUUUGUCACACAAUCGUGUUGCUAUGGCAACACAAAAACUAAACCUUGGACCAUGUUCACUUCCUGUACAAGGUCAGUUCCUAUUUCAUGUGUAUGUUCCCUACUUUUCAUUGUUCUGUUGACUGUCACUUUGAGGGUCUGAGAUCCAGGGCCUAUCUAUUUAUCCUAUGAAACUAAUGUCAGUAUAGAACCCAAGACACAACUUGUGCUGUUUUAGUAGAGAAGUUGUGCCACCUUGAAUGUCACUUGUGUUCUGAAUGUUUCAUACCUUGUGUAUACAUUGAAUGCUAUCAUACAACUUUUUUUCAAUUCAAUUCCACACAAACAGAAUCAAGUGAUUGUAUUAAUACCAUGUUACACUAUACAGGAUUGAACAAAACAUAAAGCCUUGGA